AAUGUUAGUUAGAAUCCACACAUUGAAUGAAAGUCAGCGUAGCAUCAGCAGAAGCAGCAGCAGCAGGAGGCUGUGGUCCCAGAAUAUCUGCAGCCUGCACUCAUCUGACAGCUUGUCGAGCGGCCAGCCGGUGACACUGUAUCCGCACAGAGAGGAGAACGCGUUGGCAGAACAAAGACUCAGAUUGUCGCUGAAACGGGAAGAAGGACAGCGCUGUGCGGGGCAAUGCAGCGGGUCACGCCGCACCUCGUCGCCGGGCUGGUCGCAGCGGUGCUGUCGCUGCUCGCCGAGCAGUGCUGGGCGGACGGCGGGGGCCCCAGCCUCGCCGAACGGGUCAUCUGGGCUGUCAAUGCCGGGGGUGAAACACACGUAGACGUGCACGGGAUUCACUUCAAAAAGGACCCGUUGGAAGGGAAGCUCGGUAAAGCCUCCGACUACGGGGUGCGUUUGCCAAUUCUGCGCUCCAGUCAAGAGGACCAGAUUCUUUAUCAGACGGAGCGCUACAACGAGGACACUUUUGGAUACGAUGUUCCCAUUCGCGAGGAAGGAGACUAUAUACUGGUUAUGAAGUAUGCAGAAGUUUACUUUGCCCAGUCACAGCAAAAGGUGUUUGAUGUCCGUCUGAACGGCCAUGUGGUGGUGAAGGACCUGGAUAUCUUUGAUCGAGUGGGCCACAGCACUGCUCAUGAUGAGAUAGUGUCUUUCUCUAUUCGACGUGGCAAGCUGAGCGUGCAAGGGGAGGUAUCCACUUUCAACGGCAAGCUCACUGUGGAGUUUGUAAAGGGUUAUUAUGACAACCCAAAGGUCUGUGCGCUCUAUGUAAUGAAGGGAACAUUAGAAGAUGUACCAAAACUUCAGCCUCACCCUGGCUUAGAGAAGAAUGAGGAAGACGGGGAAGAAGAGGAAGAUAGUGAAGGAGGCGAGGAAGGAGGCGAGGAAGGUGGAAAGAAAAAGUUGCCAGCAGGUGUGAAGAACAGGGUCCAGUCUGGUCCCCGAACACCAAACCCAUACGCAGCCGACAACAGCAGUCUAAUGUUUCCCAUCCUCGUGGCAUUUGGGGUUUUCAUACCCACACUGUUCUGCCUCUGUCGGCUGUGAGGUCAAACAAGCUGUCAGGAAGACGUUAGGAGGACGAGGAGGACGCAAGACUAUGAAGAGAGAGGGGGAGAGAAGAGGGGAGGGGGUCAAGGUGACAACAUCAGCACAGGUUGAACUGAGGGCUCGUAGAAAAUCGACGACGGCGGUAGGAACAAAAGGAGACAAUAAUUUUUUCGGGAAGCCACCUCAAGAUGGAGAAAAUGCUGCUGGUGAAUUGUACCGGAGGACAGAAAAGGAGAUGUAGGAAGUGUAUACUGUGCGCUUCUUUGUGAAUGUGUUUGGCAUCCACCUCUGCGGACCCUUUUGAACAAUGUUCGUAAUUUUCCACUCAUAAGACUGGGCGGGAUUUACAGAGGCCAGUCCUCACGGUUUGAAACCACAUCUCAGCAGCUAUGGGACGCUCAGGAGUGAUUGGUCUGGGCCCGUUUUAUAAACUAAAAGCAUUGUUUUGUAUUGGGUGUGGCAAGGAAGCACACUUUAACACUCCUGCUGCUCCUGCUCAGCACCUGGUCAUACAUGUUACCUUUUAAUUGGAUAGGCUGCUGCAGAGAAAUAGUUUAAAAGAUUAGAAAACAUGAGUCUGAUGGUUAACGGAAAUGCAAUUGCCAUUUGAAUGCUUUCAUUUUCAAUUUGUUUCUUUUUUUUGUCUGUCCACUCAGAUCUAGUUAGUACUGCCUUGACGUGCCAUCAUCUGUUUGCUGUUCAAUGUUGAAACAUCGAAACGUACACGUGGAAUAAGCUCUUUGGCCGGCAGGAUUAUUUGCUAUCUGCUGUCUUGACUCGGCUUGCCUUUACAGAAAUAUAAAACGGUUUUCACAAAUUAGUUCAUUUGAGUGUUCAUAGAGAAAUGAUUCCUCUACAGUAUCUACCAAUUGUCCUUUUUUUUUUUUAAGGAUUAAUCCAUUUUAAAAGGUGUGAAGAGACAAGUGUGUGAGUCCUGAUUAUCACGUUGCUUUACUUUAGGUCAUCUUUGCUUUCAUUAUUUGUUCAUCGGCGAUGCAUGCCUGCCUUUUUGUUUCACCAAAGAAUGUUUUAGUUUUUUUAAGUUUAGGGAAAAUUGGGGGCUAUUUUAUUAUUUGACAAACCGCUUAAGAAUUAAAUCUGUGAUGUUUGUGGCAAACGGUUAGGUUUAUAAUACACUUAAUAAAAAACACCAUGAAAUUUGUUACGGUUUAUUUAGAGGAACAUAAUGUUCUACAUUUUAAAUCGGGGGGGGGGGUUGUUUUAUUUUUACAUAAUGCUGUGUUGAAUCUGAUUGGACCGUGAACUUCACUCCAUGUUAUCAGACUGAAAGAGAACAAGCCACAGUAGCUCAAUGAUAAUAUAAUAAUUUAGAAUAACCUGUGCCUGUGCUGCAUGUGUUUGAUACAAAGUGUCUCUGUGGCAACCAAAAGUUCAUCCACCUGCAGUGAGAGAAAGCACAACAUUGGUAUCCGUAGAAAACCAAAUGUUUACCAGAUGUUCCAGAUAAAUUUCCACAUUCUUCA